UGUCGGGUGACAGCAGUGCUGGCCUUGGUGAAAGAGCCAGGCUUCAGGUGCGCGGUGGCUCUCGACGCCUGGAUGUUCCCCCUGGAGAACGCGCUGUACCCGGAGGUGCCCAAGCCCGUGCUCUUCAUCAACACCGAGAAGUUCCAGACGCCAGCAAGCAUUGCCAAAAUGAAGAGGCUGAGCUCCAGAAACAGCCAGACAAAGAUUAUAACCAUCCUGGGAUCCGUCCACCAGAGCCAGACCGACUUCACCUUUCUCACCGGGAAGCUCCUCAGCCGCAUCUUCGGUGCAAGGGGGACCCUCGACCCUUACAAGUGUCUGGAUAUCACCAGCCGGGCAGCUCUGGCCUUCCUGCAAAGGCAUCUCAACCUGGAAAAGGAGUUCGAUCAAUGGGACGAUCUCCUCGAAGGCAUCGGAGACUCGGUUGUUCCAGAAGCACCGUUCUGCCGCUCCAAUCUGUAG